ACUUCAGUGCGAGCAACGCGGCUCCUCUCACAGGCAGGCGGCUGUCCGGAUGGAGGGCGACCCGUCCGAUUGAUUUGGUUGUUUCAGGCUCUCGGACUGUCGGUACCCGUGGAUCACGGGAUGAAGACGUGCGUGGACUUAGCGACUCGCAUUUUUUUCGGAAUAUGAGCUCAAGAGGAGGAGUACAUUGCCAGCGAUAUGACUGUGACACCGUUCCUCUUGCAUUCACUUAGUACGAUUCGCAAUGGUGAUACUACAAUGCUAACAACCCGCAGCUAGCUGAAGGGUUGUUUUGCGGGGAAUUAAUUUUUUUUUCCAGAACCCAUACGUCGACACAUGUAUUAGACACUUUUUUCAAAAUCAAAUUUCAUCAAGCUGGGACACAAAGGGGAAUGUCUAACCAAGGCUUGAGGAGAAAUGGCCCAGUGAAGCUGCGGUUGACAGUCCUGUGUGCGAAGAACCUCGCAAAGAAAGACUUCUUCCGACUGCCGGAUCCUUUUGCCAAAGUGGUGGUGGACGGCUCAGGACAAUGCCACUCCACCGAUACUGUGAGAAAUACGUUGGACCCCAAAUGGAACCAACAUUAUGAUCUGUACAUUGGAAAGUCAGACUCCAUCACCAUCAGUGUGUGGAACCACAAGAAGAUCCAUAAGAAGCAGGGUGCUGGUUUCCUGGGCUGCGUCCGCCUCCUCUCCAACGCCAUCAACAGACUCAAAGACACUGGCUGUAAGUAUCAGAGAUUGGACCUGAAUAAACUGGGUCCAAAUGACAACGAUACUGUGAGAGGACAGAUAGUGGUAAGUCUUCAGUCCAGGGAUCGCAUCGGGACAGGAGGGCCGGUGGUGGACUGCAGUCGCCUUUUUGACAACGACUUACCUGAUGGCUGGGAAGAGAGGAGGACGGCCUCUGGACGCAUACAGUACCUGAACCACAUCACACGCACCACGCAAUGGGAAAGACCCACCAGGCCAGCAUCAGAGUACUCCAGCCCGUCGGGGCGUCCGCUGAGCUGUGUGGUGGAUGAAAACACACCAGUGAUGACACCCGUUAACGGGGCGGUGGCCAGCGGCCCAGUGGGCGACCAGCGGCUCCAGGAGAGACGGGUCCGAUCACAGCGGCACCGCAACUACAUGAGCCGCACACACCUGCACACACCACCGGACCUGCCUGAGGGAUAUGAGCAAAGAACAACUCAGCAGGGCCAAGUCUACUUCCUCCACACCCAGACUGGAGUCAGCACCUGGCACGACCCCCGAGUGCCCAGGGACCUGAGCAACGUGAACUGUGAGGAGCUGGGCCCCCUGCCACCAGGCUGGGAGAUCAGGAACACCGCCACCGGCCGCGUCUACUUCGUCGACCACAACAACCGAACCACGCAGUUCACGGACCCGCGACUCUCCGCCAACCUGCACCUAGUGCUCAACCCAAGUCCAAAUGGUUCUCGUGUGGCCAUGGAUAGCCAGAACACUAACCUCAGUCGUCCGAGCCAGUUGAAGGAGCAGGGGGGUCCCGGGGGUCCCCAGCAGGUUCUGUCCCCGGCCCAGCUGCCUGAGGAGGCUGAGUGCCUGACGGUGCCCAAAUACAAGAGAGACCUGGUGCAGAAGCUGAAGAUCCUGCGCCAGGAGCUGUCACAGCAGCAACCCCAGGCCGGCCACUGCCGCAUCGAGGUCUGCCGCGAGGAAAUCUUUGAGGAGUCAUACCGCCAGGUGAUGAAGAUGCGGCCCAAGGAUCUGUGGAAGAGACUGAUGGUCAAAUUCAGAGGAGAAGAGGGACUGGACUAUGGAGGGGUGGCCAGGGAGUGGUUAUACCUGCUGUCCCAUGAGAUGCUGAACCCCUACUAUGGCCUGUUCCAGUACUCCAGAGAUGACAUCUACACUCUGCAGAUUAACCCAGACUCUGCUGUCAAUCCAGAGCACCUGUCGUAUUUCCACUUCGUGGGUCGUAUCAUGGGCAUGGCGGUUUUCCACGGCCACUACAUAGACGGAGGCUUCACCCUGCCCUUCUACAAACAGCUGCUGGGAAAACCCAUCACCCUGGACGACAUGGAGUCUGUCGACCCCGACCUCCACAACAGCCUCGUCUGGAUCCUGGACAAUGACAUCACCGGCGUCCUGGACCACACCUUCUGCGUAGAGCACAAUGCCUACGGUGAAAUCAUCCAGCAUGAGCUCAAGCCCAACGGAAAGAGCGUCCCUGUCACAGAGGACACCAAGAAGGAGUAUGUCAGGUUGUAUGUGAACUGGCGUUUCCUGCAUGGCAUCGAGGCUCAGUUCCUGGCCCUGCAGAAAGGCUUCAAUGAGGUUAUCCCUCAGCACCUGCUCAAAGCUUUCGAUGAGAAGGAACUGGAGCUGAUUGUGUGUGGCCUCGGCAAAAUCGACAUCUCGGACUGGAAGUCCAACACCCGUCUGAAGCACUGCACCCCCGACAGCAACAUCGUCAAGUGGUUCUGGAAAGCCGUGGAGUCGUACGACGAGGAGAGGAGGGCGCGGCUCCUGCAGUUUGUCACCGGAUCAUCCAGAGUCCCGCUGCAGGGCUUCAAGGCUUUACAGGGUGCAGCGGGGCCCAGGCUCUUCACCAUUCAUCAGAUAGACGCCAACACCAACAACUUGCCCAAAGCCCAUACCUGCUUCAACCGGAUCGACAUUCCUCCCUACGAGAGCUACGACAAGCUAUAUGACAAGCUGCUGACGGCUAUCGAAGAGACCUGUGGCUUCGCAGUGGAAUGAGAGUCACAUUGGCAGAGAGUGUGUGUGUGUGUGUGUACGUGUGUACGUGUGUACGUGCGUGUUACUACGUGUGCAAAGCAGCAAGACUGUCUCAGAAUAUAUUAGCGUCACGGUGUGGCUGCGACGUGCCGACUCGCCCGGUCGGUCCGACGGCACGGCAGCCUGCAGUCUUCCUCUCCUCCCGCCGCUCUCCACGUUCUUCCCUUCUCCACACCGCGCUCCGUUUCAGCUGCUGCUACACGCCCGAAGGUCGCUUACCCAGAAUCCCCCUCUGUCGCAGUGUGGCGUCGGCUCUCUUUUACCUGUCAUCUUGCUUUUUUUUAUCUUUUCUUUUGCUUGUUAGUGUAGCUUAUGUGAGUGUAACGGUGAAAUCCAGAGAGCAAGUUGAGUAAAGAGCCGCGACGUUUUGUCUCAUCGUUGUGAAUAAAUGGCUCACCUUCCAAUCAGGAGCAGAGAAGGAGAUGAUGGAGGCCCCUUUGUGUGGGAAUGACCGACACUUUUGCACGGUCAUUUCGCUUUCAAUCCAGUCAGUUCAGGAAGUGGAUUAUGUCUGCAGCUCGACACCCGACCCAGUUAAAAGGUUUUCAUUAUUAUUUGGUAGCAAAGAGUUGCAUGUGUGACUUGCGUUUGGGAUUUGAUUGCGUUGAGCCCAGUCCUGCUACUGAAUCGCGUACAUGUAACCUACAGGUAGCCAUAUCUUGCCCAUAGUAGCCGUUCUAACCUCAACCAGUGAACCCUCGGACCCUCACACCACGCAGCUGGUGCACUUCAUCCUGUGGGAGCGCCACGGACUCACGUCAUACCUCAGUGUAACGCUUUGAUAUCAGAAGAGUUUCCUUCCAAAAUGCUAUAUAUCCAUUUUAGGGGAAAGAUGAUACUCGUUAUUCAUUUUUUAAAACGUUUUCAAUGCAUCUUCAAAAACUGUAUAGCCCGUAAUUUUAGAAUGCAAAGUCCUACAACUGCUUUUACGACAACAAUGCUUUUACUUUACUGCGAGGGGCCACUUUGUUACUGUGGAUGUCAUAUUAUUUAAAUAUUGGAUAUGGAGAGUCAUUUUGAAAUGGAACUCUUGACAUCAGCACCCUAGGGAGUCUCUUGGACUUUGGUCUGAUGUUCUCUGGCAUUUUUGUAAAAAACUAAAAAAAAAACAAACAAAAAAAAAAGUGUGGCGGGGAUGCUUGGUAACGAACAGCAGCCUCUUGUGAAGGAGAAAGCAUCAGUCAUUUUCUAAAAAUCACUGCACAGUGCGGCCACUGCUUUGGUAAACGUGUGUGUGUGAUUCUGUACCUGUUUAAAAGUGUGCAGCAAGAAGUGCACGUGUGUGUGCGCGCGCACGUGAGGGCAGGCAUUUUAUAGAUAACACGACGACUCCCCCCUUUAUCCUCUCGUAGCACCGUAUCGUCUCCCAGGCGCUGCAGAGCCGACUUGAACCUCACCGUUACAGGCCCGGUUCACUUCACACAACUCUCACUCACACACACAUUUGUCUCGAGCACAGUCACAGAUGUGUGUGUGUGUUUUUAUCCAGCACACGUCCACACAGCUCAUACGUGGAAAAAAAGGGCACAAAUGUCCAAGGGACCAGGCUUGAUAAAUGCUAUUCAUGAGAGAUAUCUGUUUUCAGAGUGACAUCUGUUUAAAAAAGGCAGAAGUGUUUUUCUCUCUGUCUCUUGCCACUUCAGAGCACUUUACAAACCAAGCGGCGACGGCAGGAGGUGCUUUCUUCAUGUUUGAUUAAAAAUGACCGUAAAUGUACCGUGUUUUAUUUGCAACCAUACCAACUGCAUUAGAAAUACAGAAUAAAAAGUAUCUAUAUACCUGUAAUUUUUGAGUAUAUAUAUCUAUAUAUAGAUAUAGAUAUAUAUAUAUGUAUAUGUACAAAUACAUAGCUAUUUUGUAUAUUGCUGCUUGUUCUUUCUGUUCAAUUUACAUGGAAGCAUGUCGGUGUCUGUCACAGACCUCUUUGCAUUCUCAGGUGAAGUCGUCCUUUGUCUUUUGUUAUUUUUUAUUUUUAUUUUUUUUUUAUUUUACAUUUAUCAGGCUAGUAUGUGAAGAGGAGGAAAACCAGUGUGAAUGGACUUUAAAGGAAACUGUAGUUCAAAGUCCCUCCCUUUAAAACCCAGGACGGAGAGCAAAACCUCUCAGUUGAAAACGAGAUUUCUCUUUGCGUCGAUUACUUUCACUUUUUAACAAACACACCCUCACAGGCGAUCAUGGGUUGUCAACCACAUUGGCUGCUCCAGGGAGCUGUAGUUUGAAAACCAAGACGACACACUUAAUUUAAUACAGACAUGGCACAUUGGAGCCCCAAAACUUUGAGGUAAUGUUGCCCGUUUGCAAGAUUAUGGACUGAAAUCUGCUGAUACCUCGGAUCCUCAAAGAUAAAAAAUGUUGGAGGUUGACUGCUGUUGAACUCCUGGGUGCUGCAAAAUACUCACACAAAUGAAGUUUUGCUUUAAACACACACACACACACACACACACACACACAUACACACAUACACAGAGGCUACAGUUAUGAGCAUUUCCCUCUGUCACUAAAGCCUCCAUCCAAAGCCCCUGCAUGAAUGAAUGCAUAAAAAAGAGAAAAAAAGCCUAUUUAUUUGCAGAUUAUAAGUUUCCUCUUAGCAACAUGUAUGUCAAUUUGCAAAGGUCUGUUAAAUGUUUUGAUGUUUUUUUUGUUUUGUUUUGUUUUGUUUUUAAUAUUGCCUGCUGUCAAUAGCAAUCGAGUGCAACCAUGAACAGUUUGUUACCUGAUAACUCAGAAAAACCAUGUUUAUUUGUAUUAUUUUUUAGUGUAGCCUACCUUUUUUGGGGGGGUUAACGGCUCAGAGCCUCCUCACGAGUCAAAACGGAGCAACACACUUCCUUAAGAUGGCGCUCUUUUGUUUAUACAGUAUAGAGAAUCAUAUUAAUACAGUUAUCUGUGGAUCACAAUCAGCAACCUUUGAUUUUUUUUUUUUUAACUUUAAUAACCUGAGUCAGAAACGGAGUAGAAAUGCAUUAAGAAGUUUUAUUUUUUUUUUUUUGCACACGUUAUGCAUACUUGGGUUCCAAGUUAUAAUCAGAAACUUCCUUCUAUUUACCAAAUAGUUAAUGGACUGAUUGAUCGUUUAUGUAGAUAUUAUACUGUAUAUAUACACAAACUCUUCGAUAUGCACACACAGUAUCCACAGUAUCCUUGUCCAGUGCACACACACAGUCUGCUUCUGCUUUUUGUUCUUUAUUUUAUUUUAUUCUAUUUUUUCCCCCCAUCAAGUUCUCUGGCUGGUUCAGUCUUCAGUGAAGAAGUUAACGGAGGGUUAGUGACUUUGUCUGGGAGCUUUUUUUUUUUUUUUUUUUUUUUUUUUUUUUUUGAACAUGUAUAAAUCCCCAGUCUAGCAACCAAAGUGUAUAUCCCAGAUAAUUUUAGCAUUUUUUAAAGAGUGAAGGUCUAUGAUGUCGGGUGAAUUUUAGUCUAAAUCUUGGAAAUUUAUGUGAAAAUGGCCAAAUGAGGACCAGAUCUGGCCAAAACCCUGUUCGCUGUGCUCGUUAAUGCACACAGUGUAAUAUUCAGCACACCUCUUGUUGCUUUUGGUUUAUUUUAUUUUAUUCUAUUUUAUUUUUUUGGUUCGGUCAGCUCAGCUCCACACAGUGGUGUUAUCACCUUUAACAAACUCUUUUCUGUCCACUUCCGCUUUUAUGUACGAAUUUACAGUUUUAUAUGUAAAUUCUUGUGACUUAUGAUUGAACUGCAAAAACAAAAACUGACAAAAAAAAACAAACAAACAAAACCAACAACCUAAUAUUUUCUAACGUCAUACCAUCAUGUUUUAUUUCCUAUCCGUUUUGUAUUUAUUAUUACAGUAUUUGUGUUCAUAGUUUUUCACAUCGGCUGCUCUGUGAGCUUGUAACUGACACCUGUACAUAAGGACAAUAAAAAAGCAGAUUAAUAAAGUUCUUGUACCCUUGCAGAAAGCUGAGCAAUAAAACUAUGCUGUUUGGACCUCACAGCAUUAUGUUUUAUAGA